AUGCGUUCUACUGAUGCUCUUGGUCGUAUUUACACAGUUCAUCCGAAGAAUGAUGAAUGUUUCUAUUUGCGGUUGUUGCUGGAACAUAUUCGAGGGACAACAUCAUUUGAAUCACUACGAACUGUUAAUGGUAUCGUGUGCCCCACAUUUCGUGUAGCAUGUCAACAGCUAAAUUUGCUUGAAAACGAUACUCAUUGGGACACGACAAUCGCUGAAGCAAUUAUUUAUGCAUCUCCAAGUCAGAUACGCACAUUAUUUGCUAUCAUCAUUUCAACAUGCUUCCCAUCGAACCCACGUGACCUGUGGAACAAAUACAAAGAUAACAUGUUAGAAGAUAUCUUACAUCGAAUUCGCGUCAGCUAA